GUUUGUCUCUUGCGCAAAGGUUGGCCAUCCGAGAUCUCAGUGCUGCUUGGCAAAGAGGAUGGGCACAUGUACUACUCAGACGUGUCCAUCCUCGCAUCUCCCACUGCCUCGUGGCUCCCCCGCACCGUGGAGAACCUGGAGCAGGCCUACUCGAGGUUGCAGCUUCUCGUGACGCCUACGCGCUUCAAGGCCGGCUGUUGGGACCGCACAUUUCUCAGAUGA